AUGGAUUACUAUCAGCAGGCUCGUCCUCAGGCGACCGCCGCUCAAGCCACCCAUCAGUACGUACAGUAUUCUCAAGCAGGAGCAACUUCUUCGCAAAUGUAUUACCAGCAACAGCCUAUAGGACAUCAACCACAGCAACCCCCCAGUUAUCAGUUUCCACUGCAAGCUGCUUCAGCCACGGCUAAUAUGGAUUACGGUCACAGUAUAGGUGCUAGUCAGCAAUCGGGUAUAUCCGGAUCCCACAACCAUAGUCAGCAUCAGCAGGGAGCAGUGAUGGGACAAGGUGUCCAAGCACGUCGUGGAGUUUCUCAGCGUGGUGGACCUCCUCCGGCCGAUGCUACUGCAACGAUGCAAAAUGCACCACACAUGCGCCUUUCCCCACAGCAGGAACUACCUCUUCGUAUCGUAAUCGACUCAAAGCAUGUGGGAGCGAUCAUCGGUACAGGCGGAAACAAUGUAAGGGAAAUCACGAAGGAAUCCAAGGCGCGAGUCGUAGUGGAUGUUCAGCGUACCGUCAAGGAUCAGCAAGGACAUAGCGAGAAGAUCAUAUCCAUACUUGGACAUCUUGAAAACUGCUCGAAAGCUUGCGUCAAAAUUUUAGAAGUUGUGCAACGUGAAAACGAGAAAGAUGAAACGAAAGAUAACAGUGAGGUCGAACUCAAAAUCAGAGCUCAUAAUCAGCUUGUGGGACGUCUCAUCGGAAAGCAGGGAGCAACUAUAAAGAAAAUAAUGCAAGAUACAGGAACCACGAUUUUUGUUUCGAAUGAGCAGGCGUCCAGGGCUGCCGAACUCUCUUCUAUGGGAGGUUUGAUGCCACCUUUUCCCGAUGCUGUUCUUACUAUGGAGCGUACAAUCACAGUCAAAGGCCCAAGUAUCGAAGUAGUAUCAGCUGCCGAACAAAGGAUCUCCGCAAGAUUGCGACAAAGUUACGAGACUGAUCUUCAACAUCGGAUGUCAUUCCCUGGCAUUCCUACUAUGCCGGGCAUGAUUCACCCAAUCGGAGAUGCGUACGCCGCCCUAGCUGCAUCCACCAUGAGGCCUAUGGGAGGUCCAAUGUGUGGGAUUGGGGGACGCGCGGACGUUUCAAAGACCACUCGGAUGUGGGUCCCGAAUUCAAUGGUUGGAGCAAUUAUUGGAAGCAAGGGAAGCAAUAUCCGUAAUAUUAUAAGAAACUCUGGUGCGAAUGUAAGGAUAGAGGGAGGCGGAGAGCGUAAAGAUGCGGAGCGAAAAGAAGAACCAGAAAAGAAGGAAGAAGCCGGCGAUGCUCAGCCCCGUACAGAAGCUGAGGAUAAACCCCAUGCAGAUGUUGUUCCUGUCGAGGAGCGGCGGAACGACGAUGGCGAACGUCUCGUGACCAUCACUGGUAAUGAUGCGCAGCAGUAUCGGGCACAGUUCUUGAUAUUCAAUCGCGUUGCAGAGCAGUCCCAGCAUCUAAUCGACGAGGUGAAGCUACGAACGGAGUUGACCGUCCCCUCGCGACUCGUAGGCAGAAUCAUUGGCAAGGGCGGGCAAAACGUGCGCGAGUUGCAGCGCAUCACUGGAGCUUCGGUCAAAAUUCCUGAAGAUGAGCCCAAAGUUACAGACCCAACUGCACAUGAUGAACCCAAAGAAGGAUCGUCGUCACCUUCGCCCAACGAUAGCGGUACCGUUGUGCGGAUUGUAGGUAAUUUUCUGGCCACCCAAAGCGUACAGGCGCAAGGAAGAGCCUCAAGAGACGUCUCACAAGCAAUCGCCGCCAUCCCAUGUGAAUGGUUCUGAAUGACGGAGGAUUGAUGCUAAGCAACUUCCGUUGUCUCUUUCUGGGUGAAGAGCGUACUCGUCUCUCUCUACGCGGUAUUACACACGGCUCGAAGGCAUCUCACCCCACUCUUAUCGUUCUCCCCUUUCUUAUUCUUGUAUUGUACGUGUGGAUGAGGUGGGGUGAUGUUUUCCCCGCUUGUAAGUAAGAUGUUUAAUAUAGCGAUGCGUUAGAGUUCUAUUGUAAAGUCUUGCUGGCCUAACUGAUGAUCUUUUCCGCUCUAACGCAUCGCCCUCUUCCCUUGGUGCAGUCAACUACAUUGCGUCUGUGCAUUUGUUCAUAGGUUUGUUUUGCGUUGUCAUGGUGGCAGUUUGACAGAUUUUCGCCUCCAUACCAGCGCCAUCUUUGACGCAGUUGUGGCUGAUUGCCUCUCGGGUAUUUAUUCGUUCGUGCGCGCAGUCCCCAUCCAUUCGAACAAAUAACCAUCAUGAUCGUUCCGUAUCCCGCGAAUCCAAGCCGCGUUCCAUCAUGUGCGCUGACUGUUGGUUGCGCUCGACCUCUGGUGGUGCGUUCUCUUGACUUCCUUCGACAUCAACCGCGUCCCCUCCCACUCUUCCCAAUAUUGUGUUGCUUGGAACUCUUGUUUCAUUUAAUUCCAUUCGCUAUAUUACUGCUCGUCUACACGUUUGAUGCUUACCAUCCUUGUAUACGGCACUUCGGUUAUGUUUUAAAUUUGUAAUCUGAAAAAAAUUCAAUAUUGCAUCCAACAUCUACUGCUCGUGACAACAUCGGUGUUUCAAGCAUUGGAUUUUGGUUGCCUAGUGUUUUAUUGCAUGUUAUUUGACACUUACUUCGUAGUUGCUUGUUUUUAUAUACACAUUUGCUAGCUUGCGAUAUUAAUAAGCUUUUCGUUUUCUGUCAGCCAGCCACAGUUGGUGGUUUGUUUCUGCAACUUUAUCACUCCCCUUGAGGUGAGCAAGAAUGUUCUUGUUUCAUGGAAAGCAUGCAUUCUCAUCUUUCGAUGUGUAUGUGAUGUUGUUGUUUGAAACCACCAUGUUAGCCGAAGGGUUAGCCGGUCCGGGAUCCGCCCACAAAACCCAUACACAAUAACCCAACCCUACCCAUCAUUUGCAAGAAUACUGUGUUGCUGCCACGAAUAAACAUCUAUAAUAAU